AUGAAUUUUCGAAUAGUAUUGAUCAGUGUCCUUCUAACAACUGUGCAGUCAGACUCUAUUCUAGAAGGACCUAAUGGAGUGUAUGAAAUUAUUAGAUUCCCUGAAAAUUUUUUUGCUUCUCGUUUAUAUGAGGUUUUAUCAAAUUCAACAACAGGUAAUUUUGUAAUUUCACCACUUAGUGUUCAUAUGGCUUUAGCAGUGUUAGCACUUGGAACACGUGGUAAAACUCUUGAUGAAUUACGUCCCCUUUUACUCGAUGUACCUGAUAUGAACACAAUAAAUGACUAUGAAGUAAUAAUGCCUGUUGAGGUAUCAAGACAAGAUAACUUUCACGUAAUGAAUCAACUUUUCAUUGAUAACAAAUUUAAAAUUCUUCCUGAAUAUCGACGUGCUGUUAAAGUUUAUAGAUCUGGGAUUACAUCUUUAGAUCUUACCAAUUCUAAGAAAGCUAGUCGUGAAAUCAAUGGACAGUGUGAAAAAUAUACUAAUGGCAGGAUAAAAAAUUUAGUGUCAGAAAAAGACGUAGCAAAUGCUGAGUUAAUUAUUGCUAAUACCGUUUACUUCAAAGGCACUUGGAUCAAUAAAUUUCGACAUUCACGAACAUACCCUCAAACUUUCUAUCUUAAUCAAUUUGAGAAAAAAAAAGUCCUAGCAAUGCAUCAACGUAAUACAUUCAAUUGUGGGGAGCUUCCUGAAGUUCGAGCUAAAUAUAUUAAACUUCCAUACAAGUCUUAUAAUAAAAACCAGACUUUGAAUAUGUACAUUAUCGUACCAGAUAAAUAUGAUUUGACAUAUGUCGAGGAGAAUUUUGACAAAAUAAAUUUCUUUGAAUUAAAUGCCAGCAAACAAUUAAGCAAAGUUGAUUUGUCUUUACCAAAGUUCAAAAUUUCAAAUCGUUCCAAUUUGCAAAAGACUUUAGAGAAGCUAGACAUUAAAAGAAUCUUCACCAAAGAAGCUGAUUUUACAGGGAUUUCGAAAUCUUCAAAAUUACACGUGGACAAAAUUGUUCAAAAAACUGAACUUGAAAUUGAUGAAGAUGGAAGUGAAGCUGGAAGUGCUACAGCUAUUAUUGAUGUGACAUCAUCUCCACCAAGAAAAGCUCUUCGUAACGUUAGAUUUAUUGUUGAUCGUCCAUUCAUUGUAGCCAUUACAGUUGAUGAGUUUAUAAUAUUUGUUGCACUAAAAGAUAAUUCAGAGAAUUUUGUAUGUUCUCCAAUAAGUAUCAUUAUGCCACUAGCUAUGAUUACAUAUGGAGCGGCUAAUGAAACGCAGGAAGAAUUAAUCUCAAAGAAAUAUUUUCAAUCUAAAUGUGAAAGUGUAGAUUUUGAAAAAUCUCUAGAAGUUGAAGAAAAAAUUAAUAAUUGGUGUGCAAUGAAAACUAAUAAUAAAAUCAACGAAAUAGUGAAAUCAGCUGAUUUCGACGACAUGACUUCUCUAGUUUUAGUGAAUGCUAUUUACUUCAAAGGAUCAUGGAAGAAACCAUUUCAUCCUGAUGAAACUAUUUUACGACCAUUUUUCGUCAAUCCAAAUAUUACUGAAGAAAUUCCUAUCAUGCAUCAAAAAAAUGUAUUCUGCUAUGGAACUAUUCCCUAUCUUGGUGCGAAUUUCAUCAAUCUUCCAUACAAAGCAUCAACAAUAUCGAAAGAAAUAAACAUGCAUGUUCUUCUUCCUUCAAAUAAUUACGACUUGAAUAAUAUUGAAAAGAACUUACACCAAUUACAUAUAAUUGAUUUUUAUCGUUAUUGUGAAUCGACCCUUGUUGAUUUAUUAUUACCAACUUUUGAAAUAGAAAACAAAAUCAAUCUGCAAAGUUAUUUGAAAAAGCUGGGAAUUAGUCGAAUGUUUACAGACAAAGCUAAUUUUACUAAUAUUUCGGAGCAGCCAAUGAAAGUGACAAAAGUCAUCCAGAAGGCAUUUAUUCAAGUAAAUGAGAAAGGUAGUAAAGCUGGAGCAGCAACAGCUCUACAAAUGACCAGCCGGAGGUAUACAGUAUCAUCAGACGCCACAUCUUUCCACGUCAAUAAGCCAUUUAUUGUUAUUAUUGCUACCAGAAACCAUAUUCUCCUAACAGCUAAAAUUAUCGACCCAGUAAAAUGA